CACACAUCGACAUCCAUCACGCCCAGCGAUACCAACGACUCCAUCUCACCCAACAACACAACCACAUCUCAAAACCAACCCAAACCAACCAAAUCCAUCAAAAUGACUGGAGGCAAGUCCGGAGGCAAGGCCAGCGGUGCCAAGUCCAACGCGCAAUCCCGUUCAUCCAAGGCCGGUCUCGCAUUCCCUGUCGGUCGUGUCCACCGUCUCCUGCGAAAGGGCAACUACGCUCAGCGUGUCGGUGCUGGUGCCCCAGUCUACCUCGCCGCUGUGCUCGAGUACCUGGCUGCCGAAAUCCUCGAAUUGGCUGGUAACGCUGCUCGUGACAACAAGAAGACACGUAUUAUCCCACGUCAUCUUCAGUUGGCCAUCCGCAACGACGAGGAGUUGAACAAGCUGCUCGGCCACGUUACCAUUGCCCAGGGCGGUGUCCUUCCAAACAUCCACCAGAACCUCCUGCCAAAGAAGACCACCGGUGCCAAGCCUGGCAAGGGCGGCGCAUCUCAAGAGUUGUAGAUGCUCUCACUUUUGGUUUAAGAUCACGGCACACGGGUUUAUGGCGCAGAAUGGGGUGUUAUGAUGAUAAUGGGCUCAUCGACGGCGGGCACGAGCUCAGGUUAUGCGUGCUCUGAUUUGAAAUUUUUCUUACUGCAUGGUUCCUGAUCUGAUCCAGGAGCAGAGGCUGUACAUUACGCCCAUGAGAUUAUAGCGAGAAGGCUAUUGGGCAACAGGCUUUACGAUGAUACCAAGCUUGAAUUGAGCAGAAUCUGAUCAGACUUUACAUCGUUGCUGCUG